AUGACUUCAACAAACCACAGCCUAGAAACUAUCGGUGUACAUAAAGAUGAUGUGCAGGGCAAGAUGUUGAUGUUAGCAGUUUUCCUCCUCUGUUUGCUGUCUAUGUCAUCAGGGUCUGGUGGUCUUGCCAAUAAAAUACUUGUGUUUCCAGAGAAGACCGCUAACAGCUAUGUUACAAUCACUCCAGAAAAACCCUUGAGCCUCACAGCUUUCACUUUAUGCAUGCGUGUCGCCACAGAGCUGCAAGGAAAGAGAGAGGUUAUUCUCUUUGCUUACCGUACGUAUGAUGUUGAUGAGCUUAAUGUUUGGAUCGAAACAGACGGAACCAUAAGUUUGUAUCUUAGUAGUUCUAGUGAGGGAGUGCGUUUUAACUUGCCGCCUCUUACAUUCGGGACGCAUCUGUGCUUCACCUGGAGCUCAUCGACCGGUCUCACUGCCGCUUGGAUGAAUGGACAACGCAGUGUUUACCAGAUAUACAGAAAAGGUCACACCAUCCGUUCCGGUGGCACGGUGUUGCUCGGUCAGUAUCCUGAAUCAUUUCUGGGUGAUUUUGAUGCAGAGCAGAGCUUUGAAGGUGAAAUUACAGAUGUGAACCUGUGGGAUGAGGUUCUCACUACGGAUGAGAUCAAGGGAUUAUAUUCACACACCACUGUAAAAGUGCCAAAUGUAAUUAAUUGGGUCACAGCUCAAUUUGUCAAAUAUGGCAUUGUGGUAGUGAUACAGGAUGAUUUUUCAUUCAACACUCAGAUGUCUUAA